AUGAUGUUCCCCGGCCUCCUCGCACCCCCCGCCGGGUACCCCAGCCUCCUGCGCCCCACGCCCACCUUAACGCUGCCCCAGUCCCUGCAGUCGGCGUUUUCUGGCCACUCGAGCUUCCUGGUGGAGGAUCUGAUUCGCAUCAGCCGGCCUCCCGCUUACCUGCCCCGCAGCUUACCCACCGCCAGCAUGUCGCCCCCUAGGCAGGGGGCCCCCGCGACUCUCACAGACACCGGGACCUCAGACCUGGGCUCCCCGGGUCCGGGCAGCCGACCAGACGGUUCACCUCAGACGGCCGCCUCCCCUGCCAGCGAGCCCACGUUUCUGAAGUUUGGGGUGAACGCCAUCCUCUCCUCUGCGCCCAGAACCGAAACGUCCCCCGCCUUGCUCCAGAGCGUUCCUCCCAAGACCUUCGCCUUUCCCUACUUUGAAGGCUCCUUCCAGCCUUUUAUCAGAUCUUCUUAUUUCCCAGCGUCCUCGAGCGUCGUGCCCAUCCCGGGGACUUUCUCCUGGCCGCUUGCGGCCCGCGGCAAACCUCGCCGGGGCAUGCUGCGUCGAGCCGUGUUCUCCGACGUGCAGCGCAAGGCGCUGGAGAAGAUGUUCCAGAAGCAGAAGUACAUCAGCAAGCCCGACCGCAAGAAGCUGGCGGCCAAGUUGGGCUUGAAAGACUCACAAGUGAAAAUCUGGUUCCAGAACCGACGCAUGAAGUGGCGGAACUCCAAGGAGCGCGAGCUCCUGUCUAGCGGGGGCUGCCGAGAGCAGACCCUGCCCACCAAACUCAAUCCGCACCCGGACCUCAGCGACGUGGGCCAGAAGGGCCCGGGGGACGACGAGGAGGAAGAUGAGGGCGCGGGCAGCCCCCGCCACCGCCUAGUCUAUCACGCGUCCCCCGACCCUCGGCACCUGCGGGACCCGCGACUGGAAGGACCGCUGCCCGCCUCGCCCGCGCACUCGAGCAGCCCCGGCAAGCCUUCGGACUUCUCCGACUCUGAGGAGGAUGAGGAGGGCGAGGAGGAGAUCACCGUGUCUUAG